AUGGAAAAACAAUUUAGCCUACGAAUCGGUACAUGGAAUGUGCAAACUAUGCUACAAGCUGGAAAAAUGGAUGAAGUCGGCCGCGAACUGAAGACAUACAACCUCGAUCUAAUAGCACUUCAAGAAAUCAGAUGGCAGGGAACUGGCACCAUAGACAAAGACGAGUAUACACUUCACUACAGCUGUGCCGACAUUCAGGGACACCGCGGCACAGGUUUCAUCAUUACUAAGAAGCUUCGAACUUGCGUACUGGGCUUUGAACCAGUAAACGACAGACUAUGCAAAAUACGGAUUAAAGGAAAGCUCUACAAUACUACAUAUGUCUGCGCAUAUUCACCAACGGAAGAUGCAUCAGACGAAGACAAAGAAAAGUUUUACGAGGAACUUCACACGCUAUGCAGUAAAGUACCGAAAUAUGAUGCUCUUUGUGUUCUAGGUGACUUCAACGCAAAAGUUGGGAAAGAGAAUGUUUAUGCGGACGUGAUUGGCUGCUCUCUCGCAAAAAGCUUGAAAAAAAGCGUGCAGAUGAACCAACUUUUCGUCGACACUUACAGAGAAAUUACAUAUGAAAAAAAUAGCUAG